ACAGGGUUUCUCCGUAGCUUUUGGUUCCUGUCCUGGAACUAGCUCUUGUAAACCAGGCUGGCCUCGAACUCACAGAGAUCUGCCUGCCUCUGCCUCCCGAGUGCUGGGAUUAAAGGUGUGUGCCACCACUGCCUGGCUAGACACUGUUCUUAUAGGACCCCUGGCAGGGUAGCUCUCAGUCAGUGAUGGCCACACUGACCUAUUUUGCAAUAAUUAUUAUCCCUAAACAUAAAUGUGUUCUAGGUGUUCCAGGCAGGGGAGAUGGCUCAGUAGGCAAAUCCUUCAAGCCUGAGUUUGAUCCCUAUGACCCCCAUGGUGGAAUAAGAGAAUAGACUCCCACAAGUUAUCGUCCUACCUCCAUAUAAAUAAACAAACAAACAAACAAGUAAUUGAAACAGGGCGCAAGAAUAGGAUACGUUUUUUUUCUUGAUUUCCCAGGCAUCCGUCAGCCGCCAGAGGGAGCUGUGUCCUUAGCCAACACCCAGGCCUUUGCAGGGCCUCUAUCCUCCUCUCCUGUCUUCGGGAGAGUGUGGGCCCCUAGCCACCCAGUAGGUGUCCCUGUCAGGGUCACGGCCCCUGCACACUGUGGGCCUUUGGUACUCAGAGCCCACUGCUAUGGCGUACAGGGGUGGGAGUCUAUGCUGGACAGCCUCAGACUGGAGGGCGAAGAAGGGUGUGUCUGUGUGGGUGUCGAGGGCUGGAGAGAACUCAGCCCGGAACCAUCCAUCAUCCGGAUGGAGGACUGGUCCUCAGCACAGCAACCUCCAUCCCCGACUCUGAGCAAGGGCUGCACGGCCUUGGCUUGCAGGGGCAUGUGGGCCCUGUGUGUUGCUCCACCCUGCCCUGUAAUUGCCUGUUUAUCCGAGUCUCCCCUCUAGAGGUGAGCUCCCCAGAGGCAGAGCUGGCCCAGUCUGCCCCUUCUUGCUGAGUCUGGUGUGAUGAGCAAAGGUUGGGGAACAGAGGGCUGCCCCACCUUAAACCCAGGACAGCCCUGUGACUCUGAAGCUGACCUUGCUGUCCAUUUCCCGCGGGUCCCUUGAUGGACUGGAACCUAACCAGGUCUGGCAAUGCAUUGCCAAGGCAGAUCCUCACCUUGCUGUUUCAAUGACUUGGCCUCGAGGCUCUGCUCCCCAUCUAGCUGAUGGAGAAGGUGGCGUGCUUCUCAUCAGUGUGGAACCGCCACCUUCUGCAGGACCGAGACCCCGACCCUGGUGGCCUCCCAGGCUGACCUCCAGGAGUUUGGCGGUGGGGGAGGCUGGGCCAGGGUUGGAUGCGCUAGGCUGAUUGCGGUCCACCUCCGGGAGCUGCUGUGCUGACAGGUCCCUGGUUCAUGCGCGGAGGCCCUGGGGAGCUCAUUACCGUGCCUUACAUCCCCUGCGGUCCCCACUGACUGGUCCCUGUUUGUUGUCACCCUCUUGUUCUGUCCUGUUGCCCCGCAGAGCCUCCCUGACCUUCGUCUGUUUUUUCCCCUGGAAGAGCAGCAGGGGGAGUUGUGCCCCAAACCCCGCCCACCUCUACCCAAACCCCGCCCACCUCUACUCUCCCAGUGCUGAGAACCAGAUGCUGAUGUUCCUUGCCUGGGGGCACUCCUGCCCUUCCUCUAGGAAGCCGUUCCUUUCUUACAAGACCUCAGGGUGGUCUGGGGCUGAUGGGCACAGGAUUCCAAGCCUGUAAGGCUGAGUCUGUUCUGGUUGCUAGUCACUGACGUUGGCUUCCGUGUCAGCCUGGCUUUCCGGGCCCCGUAGACAAAUGCUGGGCAUUUAGGAGUGCCCUUGCUUACACAGCUUCUCUCCCACCCUUCCCUCGUGCGUCCCACCCAAUCAUCUGCUCCACAGGGCUCCCUCUCAUGUGGGUCAGUAUGGCCUCCUCUAGCUCAGGAGUUUGUUCCCUAAGUCAGACGGUGGGUCUGAGGUGACCAGGCUCCCUGAACCCACAAGUAGGAUAUGGUUAGGUUAAAUACUUGUCACGGGGCUCAGCUUAGGUCAGAUCCAAGGUUCUUUGGGAGGUGGCCUCGCAUGGGCCUGCUGCCUGCUCUUAGCUGCCCAGGACCCAGGGGCAGUAAAGACAGAAGUGGCCAUCAUGCAAAGCAAGAGUGUUGGGGCAGCGAGUGAGGCAGGGGUUGUUAGUCCUGGGCAGUGCUGGGCAGAGCAGAAGGUGCUGGGACCAGGCAAAUUUUGUUGCCAGUUUAAAUGUUUCCCAGUUUUCCCGGAUUGCAGCGGGGAGACCUUGCAUUCAAGGCCCACCUGGGCUAUUCAUUAAACCCUGUCUCAGCAACAAUGAAACAACAACAAUGAUAAACCGAAUGUCUCCCACUCUGUCCCAGCCCAUGCCUCAGUUAUGAAUCAGUUCAUUAGGAAGUGAUGAAUGGGGGCGGUGGAGAGAUGGCCCAGUGGUUAGGAGCCCUGCCUGCUCUUCUGGAGGACCUGGGUUCCAAUCCCAGGCGUGGCAGCUGACAACUGUGUGUACCUCCGUGAUCCAUCACCCUCACACAGACAUACAGGCCAAGCACCAAUGCAGAUAAAAUUUUAAAAAUUGAAAAAAGUAAGUAAUAAAUGGAGGACUUAGCCGUGUCCCGGGUACACUGUAUGUUCUGGGGACUGAACAUGUGAAAGGCACAGGAGGACUUAGCCGUGUCCUAUGUAUACUGUAUGUUCUGGGGACUGAACAUAUGAAAUGCCCGUAAGGCCCACGCUCCUUUCUCCACCCAGAGGCAGCCGUGUUAGGGUCUCCUCAUCCUCUUCUCUGCUGGGGCUGAGGAGGUUGUCUGGGGUGCUCCCUUUGUUUUCUGCAGCCACAGGGGCCCCUUCAGAGCGGCCUUUCUCUCCUGCGUCCACCUCCUUCCCUCUCUGGCCACAAACAUGUAUCACACAGUUCUUUGCUGGCUCCUCCCGCCUGCCCGUCUGUGGGUCCCCAAUUACAGCUGUCAUAGCUUCCUUCACCCCUGACUGCCUGCAAGGUGCACCCUCCUCCCCACAGCAGACCAGCCCGCUCUAGCGGUUCUGUGGCCCUGGGUCCCCACCCCCACCCCGCCUUCCUCCGGGAUGUAGAAGCCUGAGUGUGUCUGUACAGAUGCCAGCUUCCUCAGCCUCAGCCUCUGGCACGCUGUCCUUGCCAGCCCUCUGAUUUCUCAGCCUUUCUGGACAUCGUUAGGUCUGUGAGGUUAACACCUGCCCUCUGCCCUCGGCCCCGACACUCUGGCGUCAGCUCUGUCCGUCCUCACCUUCAGCCACUUGUUACUGAACCCACAGCUUCCCUGGUGUGCUGAGACCGGUCUCUACCUCGCCUUCUAGGCUUCUAGGUCACCUUUUGUCGUUGCCAUUCAUUCAUUCAUUCAUUCAUUCAUUCAUUCAGCGUUCAGCAUUCCUGCCAUUCACUUAGCUUCCGGAACAUCCCCUGAGCACGGAAGCCAUGUUCUCACUUACAGAGAUGAACAAGACAGACAUGGCCCUGCCAGGGUGUCCAGUCCAGGGGAGACACAAAACAAACAAAAUCAGGGCUGGGAUCCAGUUCAGUGGGCAGGCACCGGCCAGCCCCGGGCAAAGCUCGCGUUCACACCCCCACUCAUGCACGUUGGCUCACAUACCUCACACUUUCUCUUGUUCACACGCAUGCACGCACACUCUUUCAAGCACUGACGCAAACACAAAUACGAACUGGGCUUGCCGUGUGGCUUUGUGGGUAAAGGUGCUUGCCAACUAACAAUCGGGGUUCAAUCCUGGAACCCAUAUGGUGGGUGGAGAGAACCAGCUCCUUCAAAUUGUCCCUGACCUCCAUAUAUGACCUAUGGCAUUUACACACACACACACACACACACAUGCACGCACACACACACACCUGCACGCAUGAUGCAUACACAAAUGGAAUGAAAAUAAUUUAAGGUCAGAAUGUCACUCUGGAAGCGCAGAAGGCCUUCCUCUUCAGAGAGGAAGUUGAAGCCCCUCACUCUGUACCUCUCAGCCAUAUCGCCCUGAAGGCUGGCGAGCGAGCAGGCAGCUUGAUUCAGCUCUUACCAUACUGGUUUCUGGGAUUGCUGCUGGUGGCCCCAGUUUGUUUUUCCCAGUGCUGGGAACUGAAUACAGGGUCUGUCCGUGCUAGGCAAGGGCUCUGUCAAGGAUACCCUGGACGCCUCCUCCUUCAUCCUAAGAUCCCCAAUGGCGAGGCUGAGGCAGGAGGAUUGUGAGGUUGACCCACUGAGAUCCUGUCUUCAAGUAAAAGGAUCAGAUUUAGGGGCUGUAGUUCGGUGAAAGAAGCUUUGGGUUCAGUUCCCUGUAUUGCCGGAAAAAAAAAAAAAAAACAACCCAAAUGAAAAGCACUUGCCGUGAUGGCUCACACCUGUGAACCCAGCACUUGGGAGACCCAAGCAGGAGGAUUGCUGGGAGUUUGAGGGCAGCCUGGAUAGCUACACGGUGAGACCUUGUCUCAAAGACAAAUAAGCAAUCAAGCAAACAUAACAAGUGAGCUGUGCUAAUUAUCAACCCGCUGGUUCACUUGGCCUCCAUCUAGCCAUGCAGUGUGCUUCUGUCCCCUAAACCCUUCUGAUCAUUUCCAGUUACGACACCUUGCCCCCCCCCCGCCCGCCUCUUUCCUGUGUGUGGCAUCCUGUAACAACCACAUCUCUCUAUCGCCACUGCCCAGACACACUUCCGUCUCCAGACACACCAUCUGUCCGCACACACUGGCUGGGCUCUGCCUCCGAUUGCUCCCUGGCCUGGGGAAGGUGUCUCCUAGGGGAGGCAGAGGAUCAGUGUAGGCGGUAGGCCUGGUGGGAUUCGGGUGGAAGUGAGAGCCGGGCCUGUGGCUAUGUGGCGUAGUAUGUGGUAAGAUGGAUUGAACCACGGCUUCCAGGAGCAGAGCCAGGCAGCUGUCUGGCAGGUGAUUUGGGAUUUGAGAGUUGCAGGUUCAGCCGGGUUGGGUCCUAGUGAUGCUAAAGGAGAGGAGGACGCCCAGGGCAUUUGGGAAGCAGAAUUGACAGGACUUGGCAGGUGGCUCAGAGAGAACGAAGAGAGGAUGAGGCACCGGUGGCCCCAAGCUGGCCAGGAAACCAGUGACGGACAGGUUCACCUUGGUGCUGCCCUGUCCCCUUUCCCGAGUUACCUCCCUGUGUCUGUACCCCUCACUUCUCUCCCAACAGCCCCAUGCAGCGCUCCCUCCUUCACAAACAAGCAAGCCUCCGGCUUGUUGCUCCUACUGUAGUCAAGGUGAUUGCCACAGCAGUUGACAUCAGUGCUCCGGUCCCUAAGGAGCCUGUCACCCUCCAGCCUGCCUACGGCACGGCGGCGUUACCACCUCUGCAAGGAGCAGAAAGGAGGAGGCAGCUGGACACACACUCCCCUCUGCGUCCCCAUUCUGAGAACUGGGUGGGGCCAGAAAGGGCCCGUGGCCAAAAAGGAGAGGCUGGGAAGGGAGGCGGGCCUUCAGGGGGCCUCCUCUCUUGGCACCUGAGGCUCCAACCCACUUGGUUCCCUGACAUCGGCGGGAGAGGCGGCAGUGGCAACACCUGUAGCGUCUGGGCCAUGGCAGAGGACGGGCCACCGAAGCAGCAGCUGGACAUGCCUCUGGUUCUAGACCAGGACCUGACCAAGCAGAUGCGACUCCGAGUCGAGAGCCUGAAACAGCGUGGGGAGAAGCGGCAGGAUGGCGAGAAGCUGCUCCGGCCGGCCGAAUCUGUGUACCGUCUCGACUUCAUCCAGCAACAGAAGCUGCAGUUUGACCGCUGGGAUGUGGUCCUGGAUAAGCCGGGCAAGGUCACCAUCACGGGCACCUCGCAGAACUGGACGCCUGACCUCACCAACCUCAUGACACGCCAGCUGCUGGACCCUGCUGCCAUCUUCUGGCGCAAGGAAGACUCCGACGUCAUGGAUUGGAAUGAGGCCGAUGCCCUGGAGUUUGGGGAGCGCCUGUCUGACCUGGCCAAAAUCCGCAAGGUCAUGUAUUUCCUUAUUACCUUCGGCGAGGGCGUGGAGCCCGCCAACCUCAAGGCCUCUGUGGUGUUCAACCAGCUCUGACGACAGCCCUGGCUACCCUGCCUCUGGCCCACAAUUCCCUCUUGCCCGAACCUCCUGCCACAUGUAUAUUUUGGGGACAUUCUUCUAACUGCUCCUUCUGUGCUUGGCUUGGCUAGAGGUCCCCUGAGUCCUACGUGGCCCCCUUUCCUGGUGCUAGUACUGCGGCUCACAGGGAUGACCCAUGGCUCCGUAGUCUAGACGCUGGACACUGCUACUGUAGACAAUAAACGCCUUUUGGGUUCGUGUGGCCAGAUGGAUGGACUUCUUGGGCACCUGCCAUCUCUGCUUCAUUGUGGUGGACAGAGAGGGACUGAGAGGCCAAAAGGCUAACCAAGAGAUCCAAAUAACCAACCACUGGAUUUCCUACAGGGGUGGAAGACUGAGACGUGACAGGAACUGCCUUCUGGGGAACCUGGCAAGAAGGCAUUUGCCUGCCGGCUAAAGCUGGCACCAGGAGAUGGAUGCCCAGUGGCACUCUGGCGGCGGGAAGGUGCUUUUUCCAGUGUCAACACCAGCCUGCUGUGACCUUAAGGGCUUCCAGACACUGGGCAGGAUGACGGCAGGGCUUGGUCUGUCUGGCAGAGGGUGGCUGGCUUUGCAGGUCUCACCCGGGUUGCUGUGGAGAAGGGAAAGAGGAUGUAGAAGCUGACCCAGCUCUAACUACCCACACAUAUGUAUAUGUUGAGAGAUAGCAUGCUAUGUUUGUAUGGAUGUGUGCCCGAGGGCUAACACUAGUCAGGAAUAAGGCUGACUUUAGCUUAGUUGUUGAGCAGUUGGUACUAGGUCCUGGGCUUGGUGGAGUUGACCCUGUCUGCGUCCUCCUUGGUGCAGGGCUUCCUGAACUGGGAGACUAAGGCUCAAAUGGGGAAGCAGAGAACUGAGUUGGGGGGUCCAGGGCUCUGAGCCAGAAACACUGAUGUCCCCAGUAGGACGGCUGGCCUUUGCAGGUCUCUGAUCAGGAACACAGGUGCUGUGUCCUGCUGUAAUUUCUCUGGGCGUUUACUGGGGGUUCUACCAGAGUGGAGGCACAUGGGUAAGGCUUUGGGGCAGCUAUGAUGUCUGAUGUCUGAAGUGGGUUGAAUACCUCCAGGUGUGAUGUCUAAUACUGGACUGGCUUCAGAGGCUAUCCAGGUAAACCCACUCCCCAAACUGGCAGGGAAACAGAGGCACUGGUAUCGGCAGACUCCGUCCUGCCCCAAGCCUCAUUUCCUCCACCCUGUGCAUGCCGAGAGCCUCCUUUUAAGGAGAAGCCUCACCUGCCACCUGGCAUCAGUCAGAGGCACCUCAGUGGUGCCACCCACUCUGCCUCAAGGCUGCCUCAUCUGAGAUGCCAAUGCAUGGAGAUCUGAAGGUAGGAUCCGUCCAGUGGGUGGAUUGCCAGGAGCGCAAGCUCCAGCUCAGGGUCGGGAUUCUGGAGGCAGGAGAUAGGCUGUGUUGCUGGCUCUGGUGGCUAUUGCUUGCAGAAGCACCUGCUAGUGCCUUCUAGACGCUGCUGACUCUAGGGAGCCAUACCUAGACAGGGGCCCCACCUUUCUGACCUCUCCCUACAGCUCUCAAGACCCCCUUGGUUCACGCUGCCUGUCCCCCAAUUCUGUCUCACCCCGUAUUCCCUGUGGGGGGCUUGAGUGUCUCUGCCCUGCUUGUCACAUGUCCCCAAAUAAAGACUUCAUGCCCUCACUUCUGCAGUAUGGUGUGCCUCUGUGAUGUGGUUUGUAUCUCUUGCUGCAAGCCCACAUCAGAAGCAUUCCCUGUGGGGACCUCGCAGUUAUGAGGAACUCCAUCCUGCCAACCUUCAGGAUGAUUGAGCAGUGAGGUCCCAUGUCAGGAUGGGGUUUCAUCUGUCUUAGGUCUCCUGGCUGCCCUGCAGGG